AUGAGUCGGCCGACCCCCCGCAAGUCGCGGCACCGCCACCACCCGAGCAACAGCGGUCCCCGACAAGUAGCCGCCUCCGACUACGAGUCCGACGCUGCGCAGUACAUGGAGAACCGCGAGACGAUGCCGCUAUCCAACCCGCAGCCGGCCCGCGAUAACACCGAGCUCAGUCUGCGCGUCCUGCGCCGGUACCAACCGAGCAUCCGGUCCAUCACGGCCAUCGCCGCCAACGCCGUUGCGUACAACUUCCUCGAGGCUACACAAGGGUGGGAGAAGCACGGGGCAGAGGGGACCAUGUUCAUCUGCGAGCAAGAGCCCGUCGUGGCACACACCGGACAGACACUGCCGCGGGUGUGCGUGUUUGUGUUCAAUCGCCGGAGCAUGGAAAACCUCGUGAUCGACCUCUUGAGGGUGACAGAUUGCGAGGUGGUGGGGGAGCUCAUCGUCUUUCGGCUCGAGGACGGCGCUGUAAUCAGUGGCAACAACCAGGGAACGGAAGCAUCUGGAAAGAAGAUCCUCGGGCUUUGGAUCCAUGCCGACGAGAGCGAUACGCGGGAGAUGCACGCGAACCUGAUCCUGGGUGCCUGGAAGCAGGGCCGGGAAGCAUUCGACGCGUACAUUCAAGCGGCGACAGCGGAGGCGCUGGACAACAACGAUAGCUUGACUUCAGAGCCGCAGGCAGUUACCGCCGCCCGGGGGGACUCGGGCGCUGGAAAACGGCUGAGUAUGACGGAGCUCUUUGGGAAAAACAACGUUCUUCCCCAUCCCCCUUCCAUCGAAAUGGCGACCAACAACAACGAGUCUAGAAACGGCACGCCGCCCAGGGAUGAUAGUGGCGAUGCAAUCGUCAUUGCGAUACGGACUCAAAUAUCCCUUGCCACAUCGUUCCAUCAAUGGCUGGCGCAAAAGACGGACGAUGAUGGAGAUCGCAACGGCAUUCUCGUCAGGGUUCAGUCACGUUUAGACAGCUACAAGCAGUGGCUUCUUGAGGCUAGUCAUGCACCAGUCAACGUCCCGGAGGAUGUUGAGCCAUGGGUUAUGAGUGCUCGUGUGCAGUCUGGGAACGAGGAUGGGUCAGCGAUUAUCGUUACUGGACCGGGUUCGGGCGAACCCAUCGAGAUUGCCGCGAAGGAUGACCGGGAACUUGGAUGUCUGAUGAGCGACAACGACCUAGGGUACAUAAUCAAGAUUUGCGACGCCUUCGCCAAAUCCCAAGACACUUUGCGAUUGCUGCUCCGCACCACGAGUGAGCUGCAAGAAGAAGAAACGCAACUGAGCCAACCACCCGAGACCACUGUCAAGACAUACAUCCGCCGCCUACAGGAGUACAACGAUAUCAAGGACAUCGGCCAGCAGCUCAUCGGCUUCAUUGCCGAGAACAGAGGCGUGCCGGUCCGGACGAUCUAUGAACAGGGGGAGUUUGGUGUCAGUUAUCCACAAUACCGUGCUUGA